AUGGAUAUAAUCCAUGGAUUACCAUUUGAUGAGAUUUAUGAAGUGGGAGAUGAGCUUGGACAAGGAAGCUUUGGCACGGUGUACGAGGGGACUUCAAAAUUCAACGCAAGGCAGGUUGCCAUCAAAAUCAUCCUCAAGUGUGAAAGAGACCGUUAUAUUGAACUACCUGGCUGUUCAAAGCCACUGUUUGCAGAAGUGGCUGCAAACCUGCUGCUGAAACAGGCUCCAUUAAGCCCCUACAUUGUGUACAUGCUGGAAUGGUUUGAAGAGGAGGAUCGGUUCAUCCUCAUCCUGGAACAUCCGGAACCCUGCAUGGACUUGCUCAGAUUUGUGGUUCACAACAUGCAUUGGCCGAACGAAUUACAGACACGUAGCCUGAUGUAUCAAGCGGUGCUCGGGGCCAAGCACUGUCUUGACCGAGGUGUCUUUCACCGGGACAUUAAGUUGAAUAACUUUCUGAUCAACACGACGACUAACCGAGUCCAACUAAUAGACUUUGGCUGCAGUGACCUCGUCAAAAGUACAGGCUACUUGGGUGGUUUUAUAGGACGAUUCUGCCCGCCUGAAUACUACAAGGGCUUAGGAUACAAGGCAGAGCCAACAACCGUCUGGUCUCUGGGUGUAAUGAUGUACGCAAUUAUGUGCAAAUGUCUGCCCUUUAGCAGUCCUGAAGACAUGAUGCAUGGAAGUCUGAGUUUUAACGUUAGAGUAUCCACAGAAUUGCAGAAUUUGAUAAGUCGCUGCCUGACUGUUGACCCAACUAAGAGAGCGACUAUUGAGGAGAUCCUACAGCAUAAAUGGUUUUUUGAACAUGAAAUCGAAUGGUACUUUCUACCUCUAAGCUUCAACAAAGCUCAACUUGCCGCAUGGAGCCAAUGUGAUCCUAAAGACUUUGCAGGAGUUGAUGUUGAUGCUGAUAUUUUUGAUGAGCUUGUGAGAACAUCUAAGGUGUCCUUCAGACUUUUAGACGGUGAUAAAGCCGGUAAGAUGCUGGUAAACAUCCUUGUGGCUGAUAUGGUAGAGAAGUAUGGAUACUGUCUAAUGACAAGAGAUGAAUUCAUCUCAACCCUCUCAGUUGUCACUCUGAGAGAUCCCGCUGCUUAUAAGGAGUCUGUGCAGUUCUUGGAAAGACACCUGAAAUGA